AUGGCUCAUCCAUUCCAGCAACGUCGCCAGCCCGUUCCCGGAUUUUACUUCCCACCCCAAUUAUUCGUCUGGCAUCCGGUCUUCGUACCGGUUCAUCCAGCCCAUCCCGUGCAAAACGACAGAUGCACUCGAGUACAGAUUAACCCCAACCUUGCGAAGGGCGACCUUGCGAAGGGCCAGAUGAUCUCAUGGGAUCUAUGGUGUCCACUCGAUUUUGCAUUCCAUGGUCUCAAGAGCGCCUUGAAGGGAAAGCAGCACACGGGACUCUCCUAUUCGCUCCUCGCUGAGAGCGCGACGACACCACCCGUACCCCAACUUACGAUCCGUAUCUCCCAAUUCCAGUACAAGGGGUCCGUGACGGUGACCGCGCACCGACAGUACGUCACGAUCGGAGACGUGCUCAAACGUCUCCAGAGCGCAUUGCAGGAAACCGUUACCCCUGAGGAGUUGAAGGCGGCGGAGAAGGCGGAGUUGAACGCUGAUGUCACUGCCACUUUCAUGGACCGUAUCAGAGCGCAUCCCAAUCCUGGAUCGACCUGGCAGGCGGCAUAUAGGAGGGGGGUGAAGCGGAUCGAUUUUCUCUUGGACCAUCAUCACUUUGACGGAUUCGAGGUUGUCGACCAGAAGAGGAUGGAUCACGUCGAGCUGCGAUUGCUGGUCUCGUAG